AUGGGGCUGAUCGAAGAGCGUGGAGAGGGGCAGCCCAAGCAUGAAGGUGGCCGAGGGGACGAGUCUCCUGGGGAGAAGGAGGAGCCGCCGCAGAGGAGCAGGCAACCAGAGUUUCCCUCCUGGCAAAAGAUGCCAUUCCACCAUGUAACAGCUGGCUUGUUGUACAAAGGCAACUACCUGAACCGCCCCCUCUCCGCUGGCAGCGACAGCGAACAGCUAGCGAAUAUCUCCGUGGAAGAACUAGAUGAAAUCCGUGAAGCUUUCCGGGUGCUGGACAGGGAUGGGAAUGGCUUUAUAUCCAAGCAGGAGCUGGGCAUGGCAAUGCGUUCCUUGGGAUACAUGCCCAGUGAGGUGGAGCUGGCGAUUAUCAUGCAACGCCUUGACAUGGACGGGGAUGGCCAGGUUGAUUUUGAUGAAUUUAUGACUAUUCUGGGACCUAAGCUGGUAUCAUCGGAAGGCAGAGACGGCUUUCUGGGAAAUACAAUAGACAGCAUAUUCUGGCAGUUCGACAUGCAGAGGAUAACACUGGAAGAGCUGAAACACAUCCUCUACCACGCCUUCCGGGACCACCUAACGAUGAAGGACAUCGAGAACAUCAUUAUCAACGAAGAGGAGAGUUUAAACGAAAACUCUGGCAACUGCCAAACAGAGUUUGAAGGAGUGCACGCCCAGAAGCAGAACAGACAGACCUGUGUACGGAAGAGCCUUAUCUGCGCAUUUGCCAUGGCCUUUAUUAUAAGCGUGAUGUUGAUUGCAGCCAACCAGAUCCUGCGGAGCGGCAUGGAGUAG